CUUUAACAAAAAUCAACGGCCAUGAUUUUCCCAAUAUUCUUCCUUUGACCACGUUGAAUCCACCAUAAAUACCAUCAACGUAACUUACGCUCUCUCACUAUUUUUAGCUUACCUACUAACUGUUCUUUUCUUUUUCUUAUCCCAUUUCUCUUUGUCCCCUGCACAUCACAUGUGCUGAAACCAUGUCUAGUCCUCCUGAGUGGCCACAAUUUUACCAGCUAAAUCUUUCUGAUCAACCAAUAUCAUCGAAUCGUUCAGUGUUUGGUGAUCAGGGUUCGGAAGCCACUGUGGUUAGUAGUACGAUCACCUCGAGCAGCGCACCGGCUAGUUCAAGUGGUGGCCAUUUGAGUCCCGAAGGCCGCGUUGGGAAGACAGUUCGAAGACGAUCGAGGGCUUCAAGGCGAACCCCUACUACCUUGCUCAACACGGAUACUACAAAUUUCCGAGCCAUGGUUCAACAAUUCACUGGUGGUCCUAGUGCUCCUUUUGUUGCAGGCGCUCACCCUGGUGGUCCAAAUUUUGGGUUCGGUUUUGGAGGACGUCAACCCCAUGUUAACCCUGGUUCUCUGAUGGUUCCUCCUGCUGGAUUCCAUUUGCAAUAUCAACAACAACAGCAGCAGCAGCAGCAGCAGCCUCAGUUCCAGCACCAAAACCAUCCGUACAUGUUUUCAUUGAACAGCAAUAAUAAUCAAGGGGCUGGGGACCUUUUCCUUCAAAGACUUGGAGGGAACCCUAGGCCGAACAUGGAAGCUGGGUCCGAAGGGUUUGUUCUGGAGGGCGUUUCCUCUCAGGUUCCUCCUAGAAACAACUUCCUCCAUUGGGAAUAGGAGUUACCCUCCAUUCAUACCUUCAGAAGGACAUGAAGGAGAAAGUUAGCUACUGACUUGUCUUAGGGAGAAACAAACAAUUGACCAAUGUAAAUAUUUGUCUUAAUUAUACCUUUUUUUUUCCUUGUUUUUUAAUGACAAUGUUUAUCCUAGUGUGGGAAUUGUUUAAGCGAAUUUGUUGAAACAAGGAACACAUCGAUCUAAUUUCAGCUAAAAAAUCCAUAUGAAUUUUUUUUUUUUUACAACCAUGGUUGAAUG